GACGAUUGCUCCAUGGACCAACAGGAAACAGCCUCGACUUCACACCAAGCACGCUCGAGCCUUUCCGCGCAGAAGAGUCCUCGGAUCACAGGCGCCACCCAGCGUGGUGAGACUGCCGGCGAUGCGGCGGGGGAACGGCCUUAUCGGUCGCACCUCCGGCCGGCCUGCCAGGCAUGCAGGCGGCGCAAGUCUCGCUGCAAGGUUGACGAGGGGGAGGAGAGAGGAUGCAUCAUGUGCCGAGUGCAUGGGACAAAGUGCGAGUUCCCAAGCACAACCUCAAAGACAUCGACACAGCCGCGGAGAACUGCUGCGCCUCGCAAAAGGACCGAGCCGGCGGCGGCCCAGAAGUCCCGUGCAGGACCGCGAUCCGGCCGAGCAUCCUCGGAGACAGCAAGGCAGAUUAGAUCUCUAGAUGAGCUACCUGACCCCCGGCCAGCACUGGCUCCCCAGGCCCAGACGGCCUCGUUGCGUUCGCAUGGUCUGGCACGGGUGGGAGACAACAACGAUGGCGCCGUCCAGCGUGCGACGACCCUCAUCGCCGGCCUGGGGAGUCCCGAGGAGGAAGAGAGCCCACACAUCCUCGGCCCCGUCGUGACGAGCGACACCCAGAUCCUGGCGGAAUACCUGCGCGCCGACCCCCACCACGGCGCAGGCCGGCGCCUGGCGCGGAUCGUGAGGCCCGGCCGCGGUGGAGGCGGAGGCGGCGGCAGGGGCGGGGGUGGAGCAGCGGCCGGCCAGGGCAGCAGCUCCGUCAUGUUCGCCAGGGUCCGCAGGCGGCCGAUGGGCCAGACGCCGAACCAGUCGGUGGCAUCGGGCAAAUGCCUCAUCAUCGAGAGGAUCAUCGAGCCCUUUGGAGACGAGCUGAUCGACACGUACUUCCGCAGGGCCAACGCGUGCUUCCCGCUGCUGGACGAGGGCUCGUUCCGGGACCAGUUCCGCCGGCAGCCGGCGCACAUCUCAUCUGCACUGCUGGCAAGCGUCUACGCCCACGCCCUGACCUUUUGGUCACAGCCACGCCGGGCGGCCGGGCGCCACUGCCCAGACAGCAGGUUUGUGUGGAACCAGGCCACCGACGCGCUGUACUCGGAGCUGCAGCUCUGCCCGGGCAUGUCGACGGUGGUUGCGGUGCUGCUGGACGUUGGAGGCCGCCCGUCGACUUCCCUGAUAGGCAACGGGGUCUUGAUCGGGUCCGCGGUUUCGAUAGCCCACGGCCUGGGCCUGCACCGUGACCCGAGCGACUGGGACAUCUCCGAGCCGGAGAAGACGAUCCGGGUACAGAUAUGGUGGGCUCUCCUGGUCCAUGACAGGUGGUUCAGCCUCGCGUACGGGACGCCUCCGCACAUUCAGGGGCAAUUCCACGAUGCCCCGAGGCCGAGGGCAGAUGGCGGUGGGAACACAGUCUUCCUGGCGCUCGUCAGCCUGAGCGAAGUACUGGAUGCGUUCCUAGUACACAUCUACGCCCUCAAGCCGGACAGCCAAGGCACAUCCGAGUUUGACCCGGGGGCUGCCCUGAGGCGAUGGGAAGGGUCUCUCAUCGGUGACAUGCGCCGGCUCAUCAUCCAAGGCAGAGACCUCAGUGCCCCAGGGGCGAGUAACCUCCGCUUGUCGUAUCUGUUCGUGCGGCUCCUCCAGCGGCGAAUGGAACUGGACAGCAACACAGACAAAGGCCAGCACGCAGCCACGGAUAACCUGUCAGCCCGCUACAUUCACCUGCGCGAGGCUGCAGAAGACAUCGUACGCCUGGCCCAGGCACUCCGAGCACCGCAGCUCAACGAUUUCUGGCUUCCCACUGCCGCAUUCAUCUUCACCUCCACCAUUGCCUUCCUGCUGCGAGUUGCCCUUGAGACGGAGAAGACAGGCAGCGGGCUUGGCGGGAGCGUCUCGCUGAGCCUCGCAAACGACCUGCUGGCUGCCUUGAAGGGCCAUCAGCAGAACUUCGGGUGGGACCUGGGCGACGCUUGCAUCGCCCAAUAUGCCGACGUCGUCGAGGAGCUGCGAAAGGCGACCCCGGUGGCUAGUAACGCUGGCCAAGGUGAGCAGGACACAGCUGUGUCCCUGGUAGACUGGCAAGACUUUGAUAUGUCAGGCUUGCCUGAUGUCGACGAGUUGUUUCCGAAUCUGUGGGACAUGUUUGACAGUAACUAUUAAGGGCAUAUCUGUACAGGUGCAUGUGACUUGUUACAGUCCAUCUACCGAAACCACCCAUGCUGACUGGUGCUCGCAAGCUUAUCCUGAGGUGAAAAUGUGACUUGGACACCGGGACCUGAAUGAACACACAUGUUACAUACCUGGUAACCAGAAUGACAUCUGAACCUCACCCAGCAAUAUUGUGCCCUGAACGCAUUAUCCGGACGCCCAGGUGCCACGACUCGGGCUGCCAAUCAUGACAUGAAUGAAG